UUGACAAUUCUAUUCCUGUCAUAAUAUUGUCAAAAAUAUUUUUAUUCUGAGGAUUUCGCAAUAAAAAAACUCGGAUAAUUAUUUACAAAACAAAAUACAUUUUGAAAAUAAUCACAUUGUCUACUUUACACUAAGUUGAAAACAUUAACAUUAUUGAUAGACGUGGAUUAUCUUUAAUGCAGCUUGAUGAGAUCCGUGGACAAUGAGUAGCCAGCACCAGUACAUGAGCGUGAACAACACACCAAGUGCACGCAUCGGGGACAUUGAACACAUUAGCCACCUGUCGGAACACAUAGGCUCCCUGUGCCUGUCAUCUGAGUACUCCGAUGUGACCCUUAUAGUAGAGGGGCAGCGGAUCCCCGCCCACAAGGUCAUCCUGGCCGCCAGCAGCGACUACUUCAGGGCGCUGCUGUAUGGCGGCAUGAGGGAGACCAACCAGGCGGAGGUGGAACUGCAAGCCCCUCUCCAAGCUUUCAAGGCCCUUCUGCGAUAUGUGUACUCAGGUCACAUGGGUCUGUCAAUGCUGCGAGAAGACACAGUGCUUGACAUGUUGGGCCUCGCACACCAGUUCAAUUUCCAGGAGUUGGAGACCGCCAUAUCCGACUACCUGAGGCAGGUGCUCGCUCUCAGGAAUGUCUGCUCCGUGCUUGAUGCUGCCAGACUGUACGGGCUGAAGGCGCUUAUGGACUACUGCUACAACUUCUUGGACAGGAACGCUAUCGAAGUGUUGCAGCAUGACACCUUCCUACAACUGUCUGUUGAAGCACUACAGGGCCUCUUAGAACGCGACUCCUUCUUCGCGCCAGAAGUGGACAUAUUUAAGGCAGUCUGUAACUGGUUCAACGCUAACCAGCUGUGGGUCAAGUCUGAAGCUGGACAGGCGCAAAUCGAAAAGAUACUGAAAUGCGUCCGCCUAACGCUGAUGACGCUGGAGGAGCUGCUGACAGUGGUGCGUCCGUUCUCGCUGGUCACUCCUGACAUGUUGCUGGACGCCAUACAGGAGAAGACGCAGACCAAGAGCACUGAGUUAAGGCACCGCGGCCUCCUAUUGCCGGAGGAGAACGUGGCGACACCGAAGCGUGGCGCGCGCGUGAUCUCGGGCGACAUGCGGUCGGCGCUGCUGGACGGCGACACGGAGACGUACGACAUGGAGCGCGGCUACACGCGACACACCAUCAACGACGCGCCCGACAACCCCGGCAUCAUCGUGCGCCUCGCCACCUCCACCAUCAUCAACAACAUACGCCUGCUGCUCUGGGACAGGGACAAUAGAUCGUACGCGUACUACAUAGAGGUGUCGGUGGACCAGAAGGACUGGGUGCGGGUGAUCGACCACAGCAACUACUUCUGCCGCUCCUGGCAGAACCUGUACUUCGAGCCGCGCGUCGUACAGUACAUCAAGCUCGUUGGCACCAGCAACACUGUUAACAAGGUGUUCCACGCGGUGGCGCUGGAGGCGCGCCACACGUGCCGCGUGCCCCCGCUGCGCGGCGGGCUCGUCGAGCCGCUGCACAACGUCGCCACCGUCGACCUCUCCGCCGUCGUCAUCGAGGGCAUCAGUCGUUCCCGCAACGCCCUAAUCAACGGCGACACGGAGAACUACGACUGGGACCAGGGCUACACGUGCCACCAGCUGGGCUCGGGCGCCAUAGUGGUGCAGCUGGCGCAGCCCUACCUGCUCUCCUCCAUACGCAUGCUGUUGUGGGACUGCGACUACCGCCACUACUCGUACUAUGUCGAGACUUCGCUUAACAACUGGGAUUGGGAGAUGGUCUGUGACCGCACUAGGGAGUCUUGCAGGUCAUGGCAAGUGAUAUAUUUCAAGCCGCGGCCGGUGUCCAUCAUUCGUAUCGUGGGCACAAACAAUUCUGUCAAUGAGGUAUUCCACCUGGUCCACCUGGAGUGCCCGGCGCAGGUGGAGGACGCGCGCGACGACCCCGCCGCCAAGAAGCAGCGCCCCGCGCACGACAACGCACUCAACCCCGUCGGCAACGUAUCGGUAUCCCAGCCGGGGCCGCAGGGUCCGCGGGCGCGGCCGGGGGCGGCGCGGGCGGCGGGGCGGGGUCCGGGUCCCCCGCCGCGUCGCGCGCCAGCAGCAGCUCGUCGGAGCGGUCCUGCCGCCGCGGCCUGCCGCCCGCCGAGACUGCCACCGAGGCCGAGGAGAGGUAUGAUCAUUGAACGCGCCACCAGCCCCGUGCCGCUCUACCUGCUCCACUACUUAUACUAUGGACAACGAAAUCGACAUACUUAAAAUCACUAUCACAUCUCUAAUUGUGUAUUAUCUAUGUUCACGUAACAGUGUGUCGCUACUAUACGUGUUGAUGUCUGUAUAAAAUUGAUAAUAAUUCUCUUCAUAUUGAUGUAUGAAUGUAGAAUGUAGACUGGUUACCACGAGUCCUCGUUUUAUACAGUUGCUUAACUCCAGUUUUCUUCGUAAUUAGGGGCUGAUGUAAAAAGGUGGCUAUGUAGUGUUAGCAGGGUUGCAUAUCAUGUCUACAGGCAGACAAUGGUACUGAGAAAGCUGUUUUAAUACAAGAUAACUAAUAUCGCCGUUUUAGAAUUGUGAAUGUAUACAAGUAUCCAUUGAUUCUCGUUUUUGUAGAUGACUGUCAAGCAAUAUUAUGUAACGAUAAUAUUAUUUUCUCAACGAAUUAUUUUACUGAACAAAUUAGUUUGGAUAAAUUCUAUGUUUUUACUUUGUACUGAAUUAAACCGUCUAUAAAUAUCAGAAGUAGGUUUCGGAUAGUGAUAAUAUGUUUGAAAUUAAUACAUAGAUGUAGAGAUUACUAUUAUAAAAACUUUGUAUACCUACUAUAUUACUUAUGUAGGGGUUUUAACAUUGUGUGAAUGAUUUUCUGAACAAUAAAAUUACUUAGUUGAUUCUAAUGAUCUUAGAAACUUAGUAAGUGUAACUUCUGCUCUUGUUAACUUCCUUGACGGUUCAUAAUGUAUGUGUAACAUCAGCUUACAGUAUGUGAUUAUAAAGAAGGUAACAAGAGAAGUCUUUCUAUCGUGUAUAUAACCGUAGUAUGUUAGGUAGGGAUGCGUCAAAUUGAAGUGCAGCUUAUUCAAACAUGUAAAUAUUUGUUUGUUCGAUACAAAUAAAUAUUUGCAAUUUUAUGUUUAGGGACCGAGGUUAUUUGCUUUGAAAUUGGAAUAUUGGCAAAACAACAGAGAUUUUAUUAUUUAGUUUUUAAGCUUGCAUAAUAUUUCUAGUCUGUUUUCUGUCAGAACGUUUAGUCGAGGUACAUUUAAAUACUGUAAAAGUUUUAAUGAAAUGAGUUUUUGUGCUGCAACAUGUUAAGGGUAUAAAAUUAAAGUAGGUACUUACAGUGUUAAUUUUUGCUUUCGUUCUUUAAUUAAGCGGAAUAUUCUUUAGCACAUAGAUCUUACGCCAAAUAAAGUAUUAGCUUUCUCUUCUUGUGCCUUGUGGCGUAUACGCGUUAAAGUAGAUAUAGUGUUAACAACAAAUUCGUUAAGCUUUGUUUCAUAAGUUAUAGGGCAGACUGUUAUUUUAUUUUUACAAAGCAUUGUUUCUCUUUGCUUGUUUGUACCUUUUUAUUUUGUUUACUAUGUCUGCUUUGGUCACAAAUAUGGUGUUUUUGCGCUGUUUCUAAUGAUGGCGCACUUCUCUAUGAUUUUCAAAAUUACAUCAACUUAAUUCGUUAAAGUAGUUGUUACAUGAAUACAUAAUAUUGUUUACUCCAUAUUUCAUUCGAUCUGUCGGUAGUUACCUUGACUACCGUCAUUGUAUUACUCUAAACAAAAAAUAUUGUAGAAUUUCUUUAUUACUUUAAAACAGUUGGGUUUUUACUGUGUAAUAUUAUAGUUCGAAAUCUAUUAUGCAGAUAUUUUCUAUUGUAGGAUGUUGCUGAUUAGUGCAAUUGUGUAAUUAGCUUUUUGGCAACAAGUGUCAUAUUUCCUUAAGCUGUUUCUUCAAUGUUCUUGUUCCUAUGAUACAUUUUACUGAGAAGCUGAUUACACGCGAUGGCAUUAAUUACUAUAAAUCGGUUCGGUAUUUCGGAUGUCGUAACUGGUUACUGGUUGUCUAUCAAAGUAGGGAUGCGAAAACAUUCAAUACUCGUGUAAGGGCUUCCAAUUUUUUAUUUUCUGUUUGAUACAGUCUGGUUACUGGACCUAAUUCAACUUACUAUUUUGAACAAAUAUGUAACAUUUCUAUCUCAAUUUUUAUCAUCCUUAUUUUGGCAGCCCCAGUAACACAAGAUUCACUGUGAUAAUGGUUUGAACCUAUUGGUUUAAAGAUUUUAGACUAAGGUGAAUUGGUAUGCUAGCUGAGUAAUACUUAAGUGAUUGUAGUUGUAAGGCAGAGACUAUGGAGCUUAUAAUAAUGUUUAAUAAAAUAUCAAAUACCAUUUGGGUUUUAUUGUUUACAUUUGCAACUAUGCAAUUUCUUAUCUAAGCUAUGUAUUUAUUUAAGGAUGUUUACAAUAAAGUGAGACAAGUUAUAUCACA